AUGACGAUCACCACGUUCAAUCCCUCCUCAUACGACGAUUGCCAGCGCCUUGCUGAGCACGUUCGAAAGCUUGUCGUACUCCCGGAAGACCCGCAAUAUGGUAUCAUCUGCGGAAGUGGAUUUGGUCACGUAGCUGAAGCUUUGACGGAGCGCCAAGUCGUCCCGUUCGAGUUGAUCCCAGGAUUUCCCAAGGCUACCGUCGAAGGCCAUAGUGGAAAUCUCGUCUUUGGCUACUUUGAUGGAAAAUAUAUCUGCUGCCAGCAGGGAAGAAUUCACCCCUAUGAGCAUCAUAUGAAUUUGGCAUUGUGCGCCACUCCGGUCCGUAUUAUGUAUUUCCUCGGAGUGAAGACCCUCAUCGCCACCAAUGCUGUGGGAGCUGUUAACAAGUCGUAUAUCACUGGAGAUUUUAUGGUUUAUAAGGACCACAUCUUCAUGCCCGGAAUGGUGGGCUUCUCGCCACUUAUCGGCUCCUAUGACAAGCGAUGGGGAGCUCGAUUCGUGCCCUCAGCCGGAGUGUACGACCCGAACUUGAGGGAGCAAAUGGUGAAGCUCGGAGUUGCACAUGGCUACCGAGUCCACGAGGGCAUCUACGCUAUGCUGGGUGGCCCACAAUAUGAGUCUACCGCCGAGAUUGACUACUUGAGAUUAAUUGGAGCAGAUAUUGUUGGCAUGUCGGUCUCACAUGAAGCCCUCGUUGGCCACCAGAUGGGAAUUCGAGUGUUGGCUAUGGCGUUGAUCACCAAUGACCUUCACGAUGCCGAAAAAUGCGGGGCUAACCUGAAAUCUGAGGAUGUUUUGGAAGCGGCUGACGAGGCGGCCACUCGGGCGAGGAGCCUAAUUCUUGGCCUCAUUUCUCAAAGC